ACAUAAAUAAAAACUUUCUAUAGGCUUAAUUAAAAGAUCUUCUUCUUAUAUUUAUUAUUUUUUAACACUAAAUAUCAACAAUGAUACAAUAACAGAUUUGAUGAUUUAUGGUGAUUGAUCGAGACAAAAAGGGAGCAAUAAACAAAAACCCUAGCAUGAGCUCCGCAAUUCCCAGAAUCCCAGCGGCGCGACUAGGACGGCGUUUUCGUUUGUUCUGAGAUGGAAGCCGCCGGCGUUACACCGGAUAUGGCUUCCUUGGAUACUCUACGACCACUGGAUCCAACAGACCAAGGCUCCCCCAGGCAGCUGGCUAAAAGAUCCAAGACUCACGAGGGAGAGGGCUUCGGAGGAAGCGUUGAUAUGAUCAUCGAAGACCAAACGUCCUCCAGGGCGAGGCCGGCUGAUGAUUCUGGGUGUGCCCUAGCAGCAGAAACUCCCCAUCCACAGAAACCAACUCGACACAACCACGGGUGAAUGGGCAUGACUCGACGGAGACAACAAGACAAGAUACUUGGACGAAGGCUACGUCGUACAAGGAUAGGCUCACGGGAACACAAAGUCAUAUCAACGCCCUUUUCGACGAUGAUAACUUGGCUGAAGAUUCGGAUAGUGAAGGAGAAAAUGAAUCGGACUGUCCAAAUAUUAGGGUUCAUAAGGCAACAAAAAGUAAGAUGAGACAAGAGUGGCGAUUAGCAGUUGUGGCUAGGGUUCUGGCCCCGACCUUACCUUUCUUGUUCAUCCAACGACGCCUUCAGGCCAUGUGGGCGAGGAUAAGCUCAGUCACGGUGACAGGGAUGGGUGAGGGCUACUACUGUGUGAAAUUUACAAAUGCUGAUGAUUAUAAUCGUGCCCUCUUUGGUGGGCCAUGGCUUAUUGCGUAUCAAUACGUACUACCAAUGAUGUGGAGGCGAAAUGAUGAACUUAGUCACAUGAUGGUAUGGGCGCGUGAUAACGAUGUAAUUGCACAUAUUUGCGCCCCUAGGGCAUUCGGAAGUCAUUUCGGUGAGCUGGAGCCAAAACACGGGCACACCUAAGGCAUUACACGGCCGUGUUCCUAUGGCCGUGCUUUUUAUGCCGAGAGCUGAGCGGAUUACACGGGCAGGGCCGAGACAAAGCACGGUCGUGUUCAAGCAUUACACGGCCGUGUCCAACGCGAAGCACGGCCGUGUUUCUUCCCAACUGCUGGCCGUGUAAUUAACCCUGGCCGAGACACGGGCGGAGUCAGGCAAAGCACGGCCGUGCCCUCGACCGUCCUUUGGCCACUGAUGCGUUUAAGCAGAUUUUCAGCCACAAUUCAAGGGGAUUCGAGUUUUAGAGAGAGAAAGUGACGAGCAAGAGUUCCCAAGUGCCCUAGAUUGAUCUUCAACACCAUUGGAGGCUUGUUUGAGCUUGGAGAAGUGCCGAUCAACGUCCAGAAGCAGGAAUCCAUCCUUCGCAGUAUGAAUUCCGCAUCUGAUUCUGCUUUUGCUUCUUUCUCCAUGGAGUAGUUCUCCCAUUCAUCUGGGUAUGGAGAACCCUAGAUUUGUAUGUUAGACUUUGAUUGUAUGAACCCAAGUACUGAUUCUAUAAUUGAUUAUAUUCGAUUGAGGUUUUAAUGAUUGAAUGACUUGAAUCCUGAUCAAAUUCUUGUUGUUUCUGCUUUAACCUAGAAUGAGAAUAUCUGCCUAGGUUAAUAGAGUAUCCUUGAUUGAAGAUAGGGAGUUGGUGACUUUAGUCGAGGAACCAACGCACUAUUCUGUACCGGAUUUACUCCGGUAGUGGAGGUUUUGUUCUUAGGGCCUCAAUCUGUUUACUCCGGUGGAGGUUAGUCGCCCGCUAGAGACUCAGAUUGAGAGGGUCUGAAGACCUUUAGUCGAGACUUCAGGCUGUUUGAGAACCUCCCGCAGUAUAAGUAUCAUAGAAACUGAACUUGGUAAUUACAAUCUGGCUUAACUGCAGUCUAGGGGGAACCAUAUCCGGGUGACCUCUCUUAACCUGAAUACAACCGUUUGUUUGCU